UUCACUUAGGACUAGGAAAAAGGUUUCUGACAGUUUCUGAAACUAGUCUUCAAAGUUUUCCUGUGAUCGGUCUUCGAAAGAAAAAAAAGAAAGUGCUCUCUUAUAGCCUAGAUAAACUUUGACAAGUGUAGUAUGGACGGGAUCGCCCAGAAAAUAAUGACUUCAGGAUUUAAUCUUGACCUGGGACUUUUGAAAGAGCCACUGGCAUUUAUACGAUUGCUCGAAUGGGUCUUCUCCAUAUUUGCCUUUGCUACGACGUCGGGUUACACUGGCUCCGUGAGUGUCAACGUGUUAUGUAAGGAGAGCAGAGUCAGCCAGGAAAUCCCUGUGGAUUUUACCUAUCCAUUCCGGCUGUUGGCCCAUCCAUACCAGGUCCCCACGUGUAAGAACGACUCCAGUACCAUGAUGCUGCAUCUGACCGGCGACUACUCCUCCUCCGCUGAGUUCUACGUGUGUAUCGGGGUGUUGGCCUUCCUGUACAGCACCGCCUCCCUGGUGCUCUACCUGGGCUACCAGCACAUCUACACACAGAGUGGUGGUCCCAGCGUGGACCUGCUGGUGACGGGGGCCUUUGCCUUCCUGUGGCUGGUGUCCUCCUCUGCCUGGGGUAAAGGUCUGACAGACGUCAAGAGGGCCACCAGUCCGGACACGCUGUUAAGCCUGAUUCCCACCUGCAAGGACCUCAGCAACAAGUGCACCCAAGGUGCUUACCCUCUGAUGGGACGACUCAACUCCUCUGUGACCUUUGGAUUCCUGAACCUGAUAUUGUGGGCGGGUAACUGCUGGUUCAUCUUCAAGGAGACUCCGUUCCACAAGUCCGCCACCCCCCCGCCUGCCAACGUAGAUGGAGGUUCAGGGGUCAGGCCCAUUACAGCUUAACUUGGCAUUCUGGGGGUGUCAAACAGCUGGUCCCCGUUUCCUCCCUGGGCCCUCUUUCAUGGCACAGACCCUUCAAUCCCUUCAGCCUGCUGGAACCGGACCCACAACUCCAGUCAAACCUGUUUGUGUCUGUGUACAUGUUUGUUUACGCGUAUACAUAUACACUCCGGUUACACAGAUCCAAACCCUUCAGAUUUGAAAAAACGAAAUGGCUAGUGCUAACGGGACAGUUAUAGGAAGUGAUAUGGGACGACUGGCCGAACAGGCGGAAGGUUUCCUGCUAACAAGUUGUUUCUGCUCCUUUUCAAAUGCCUUUUGACAAUGAUUUUAUUUGAAGGCAGUUCGGAGGGGCUUACCUGCCAUUAGCGCCACACGUUGACUUCUUUUACUUGUAUGUCAUUUAGCAGACACUCUUAUCCAGGUGGCCUGACAGUAGAGAGUGCAAAUAUGUUCACCCUUGUUGGCACUGGAUGGCCCCUGGAACUGCAAGCAUGUUCACCUGACUAUGAGUCUUGCACUAUUCCUUCAGGACAAAGUUUAUUUCAUACAUCGCUAAACACUGACCUCUAAAAUUAUUCAGUACAUUUUUAAGUUUCUACACUAAAUUGGUACUGAACUGAAUAAGCAAUGUGUUCGAUGCCUUUAGCGUGUGGUUAACUCUUAUUUGUAUCAACAGGACCUAUCACAUGGUGCCUUACAUAAAAAGAGCCAGGAUGUGAUAGUUCCUGUCUUCUAUCAAAACCAGUGUUUGCCAUCUCACACUGUCUUUGUGAAUAGUGUCGUGUUUUAAUCAUUUUUCAUUUGUAUAUAAAAACCGUAGGUACAACAGUCUUAAAACCAUGGUUCAGUGUUACAGGCCGUUACAUGUUCGGCCUCUAAAACCCCUGAUGAUUUGCCCCUUCGUAGAUGUUCAGCAGAAGUGGUCACUUUGUCCAAAAUGUUCACAGACAUUUCCAUCGACGCACUGAUCAGUUAAACAGUUUUUCAUGUGAUCUUUUAAAUGUGCCUUUUUCCCCACUUUGUCCCAUGUGGUUUUAAAAUAACAUGUUUUGUAUAAAAAUAAAGCCAGUGAGCUCCUGUUUUCGCUUAAA